ACCUGAGACCCUGCCCUUCUCACCCCAAGCACAGAGAGCCCAGAUGUCCCCCUCACAGCCUCCACCCACCGCCCCACAGAUGGAAGCAGACAAGGUCACAGAAGAACCUCAUACCACCAUGGAUAUAGAGGAGCACCCCGCUUCAAAGGACCCCUCUGCUGAGGACUUACAGAAGGACCCUAUCUCUGAAGCCUUCUUGGAGCCUUCCAUCUCUGAGACCCCUUUAGAGUCCCACACCUCUGAAUCCCCUUUGGCGCCAUCCUCUUCCCAGAGUCCAUUAGAGACCCACACCUCUGAAUCUCCUUUGGCGCCAUCCUCUUCCCAGAGUCCAUUAGAGACCCACGCCUCUGAAUCUACUUUGAUGCCAUCCCCUCCCCGGGCCCCAUUAAAGACCCACACCUCUGAAUCUCCUUCGGUGCCAUCCUCUUCCCAGAGUCCAUUAGAGACCCACAUCUCUGAAACUACUUUGGUGUCCCCUCCCCAGGCCCCAUUAGAAACCCACAUCUCCGAAUCCCCCUUGACACCAUCCCCUUUCCAGACACCAUUAGAGACCCACACCUCUGAAUCCCCUUUGAUCCCAUCCCCUUCCCAGACCCCAUUAGAGAUCCAUGCCUCUGAAUCCCCUUUUGUGCCAUCCCUUUCCCAGACCCCAUUGGAGACCUACACCCCUGAAACCCAUCUGCAGCUUUCCAACUCUGAGACUACUUUAGGGCAUUCUACCUAUGAGAUCCCUUUGGAAACCUCUACCUCUGAGAGUCCAUUGGAUAGUCACAUAGCAGCGAAACACCUUAAUUUUCAUCUCUCAUCAUUAGGCCAUGUCUCUGUAUCUUCCUCUGAUGGGCUGGUGGAAGACCUCUCUUAUGGAUACACCAAAGUCCCUGAAUCUGAUAGCCUUCCAGGGGACUCCCUUUCAGGCCCUUCUACCCAGGUGCAAAUGGACAUGUCUGCAAAGCAGAAGGAAGAGGGAAGAGAGGACGAGGAGGAAGUGGAUGCCAGUGCCAGCACUGCUCACACAGCCCAUCCUGGACACCAGCCGGGCAAGAAGGGGAAGAAAGGAGUUAGCCGUUUCACAGGCCACCCAGUGGUCCCUGCUCAGCAGGCAGAGCUGGUGGGAGUGGCGAAGGCAAUGCACAGAGAGAAGUUUGAUGCUCAGGUGAACUAUCUUUUCCAAUGGGAGAAGAAUGCAGCCCUGAAUGCCAUCCAGACAGGUCUCUACAUCGGCUGGCGCUGUCCUCAUUACCUAUGGGACUGUUUCCGGAUUGGGGAUGAGUCCAAAUGCUUUUGUGGACACUUGUUGAGAGAGCACCGGAUCAUCUCAGACAUAUCCGUGCCCUGCAAUGUGAGCCAGUGCCGCUGCCUCAUGUUCUGCUUUAUCCCUUCACGCCCAGAAGAGGUGGGUGAGUUCUGGCUCAAGAGACGGGCCACCUUCGACCCCAAGGCCUGGAGGGCCCAAUGUCGUUGCAAACACAGCCACGAAGAACAUGCAGCCACUGGGUCCCAUCCCUGCAGGCAUCGUGAUUGUUGCUGCAGAUAUUUUGAGUCUAAUUUCCUCUGUGCGGCCUGUGAUCGACGCUGGGAGGAACAUGUGACUUUCUUUGAGACCGAGGAGACCCGGCGACGAGGAGGAAGGCCUCACGGGACAGACACCGUCAACAACUGGCGCAGGCCCGUGUGAGGCUGGCCUAGAUCAGCAAUAAAGGGGAAGUCAUUGGAACCUGACCUGGCUCUGUAUAGGGCAGGUAGAGCCUAGCUUGGGGAUAGAUAAUACCUUAGAGUCCAACACUUACUGGGGGCGGGAGAGAGGCUGGAUCCAGCCAUCUGCCUCCAUCACACCCACAUUCAAGCUUCUGGAUCUAAUAACAGAAGGAAAGUAACUUCAAGGAAGCUAAAAAGGGAGGAAGUUUCAAGAAGGAUAGAGUGGGAAGUAAUAUUAGAUGCAGUUGGGGCACCAGUAAGAUAAAGACUGAAGAGUAACCAUUGGAUUUUACAAUUAGAAGUUCCUUGGGGACUUCAGAGAGUGCAGUUUCACACUGGUACAGUGGGGUCAGAAGGCAAAAAGAAGUAAGUAUGAAGGAGUCUCUCCAAGAAGCUUGCAUGACAGCAACUGACAAUAUUCAGAGAGAGAUAUGGAGUUAAGGAAGCACUUUUUUAGGAAGAAAAAGAGGAAUAAGCCAGUAGACAAAAAGACCUUGGACCAUACAGAAUAGACAAGUGAAAUGCCUGGUGAAUUGAAGGCAGGGAUGAGGUCAAGGCAGAGGUGAAGGAGUUUGCUCUGGACAGGAGAAACACUACUUCCUAAGGCCAAGAGGAAGGAGGAAAGGAUGGUACCUUUACUAAGCUUCAGGGAACAGGAUCUUGUGGAAGUUCCGCUCUGAUUGCUGCUAUCCUCCUUUUGAAGCAGGAGAUAAGGCCAAUUGCUGAUGGGGGGGGGUGAAAGGGAUAAGAGUGGGAAUAGGAGCAACAGGAAGAGAAAGGUGAAAGUUUGGGAAGGCUAAUGAGGGGAGUUGGGAAAAAAACUCCUGAUUGUGUGUAGUUCAGGAUUCAGGUACAGUUGGAAGUAAGAACAUAGUUACAGCAGGGAAGUAAAAUAUUUAAGUUAACAACAGAGAGUGUCAGGGAGAUAUAAUCAGGCAAAAGAAGAAGAAUGUGAGAAUGUGAAGGGAGUAUGGGGAAAGAAAGUGAUGCCAGGAAGCAACUGACAGACUGAAAAUGGGAGCAGUCAGAAGAACAGAAGUCUCUAAUGAGGUCCUGGAGCACAUAUAGUGGGCAGAGGCUGCAGGGUAUAGCAGCUUUCAGAUAAGAACAGCUGCAGGUGAUGACAAGUGCUUUAGAGAAAAGAAGAUUUGGAGCCAGGGGUCAAAAUCAGUGAAUGGAGGGAGUAACUAGUCCAUAGAGAGAGGAGAGUAGGAGAUUCUAACACUAACAAGCUUAUAACCCUAAGCAAAUCAUCUUCCCUCUUUAAGCCAGUUUCUGGAUCUGUAAAACAGAAAUAACCUCUUUAUUGCCUGCUCUCUAU